CUGCCAGAACCGCUGCGCGCAAGAGAAGAGACGAGACAAGACACACACGCAAACCUCGUCGGCCCUCCCUCCACCACAUUCUCCCGUCCAUCGCCGACCGACGGUCUCCUUCUCUCGAUCUACCCACCUCCCUAUACUCUGGAAGGCAGACCUUGACUCCACGCCUAGCAAUCGACCGGAACGAAGCAACCGCAUCCAUCGCCCGCGGCCUCGAGGCCAUCACAAACCAACCCGCCAUGGAUCUCCAUCGCUGCCGCUUCGUCCCCUACCCGCCCUCCGCCAUCAACGCCCUCGCCUUCUCCCACCCCUCCGCCCGAUCCAAGAACCAGGCCGCCCUCUCGCGCCUCGCCGUCGGCCGCGCCAAUGGCGACAUUGAGAUCUGGAACCCGCUCGCCGGCGCCUGGCAUCAGGAGACCGUCCUCCGCUCCGGCGCAGACCGCUCCGUCGACGGCCUCGUCUGGGUGAACGACCCGGACGACGACGACACCACCGCCGCCCUCCCCGGCCGUUCCCGCCUCUUCAGCAUCGGUUACACCUCCGCCGUCACCGAGUGGGAUCUCUCUACCGCCCGGCCCCUCCGCCACGCCAGCGGCCAGCACGGUGACAUCUGGUGCCUCGCCGCUCAACCUCCCGCCUCACCCCAGGACCCCGUCACCCGCCUCGUCGCCGGCACCAUCGACGGCAUGCUCGCCCUCUACUCCCUCGAGGACAACGACCUCCGCUUCCAGCGCCUGCUCGUCAAGUCCCCGACCAAGAAGGCCCAGAUGGUCAGCAUCGCCUUCCAGUCCCGCCACGUCGUGGUCGUCGGCUGCUCCGACUCCACCCUGCGCGCCUACGACAUGCGCAACGGCUCCAUGCUGCGCAAGAUGGCCCUCGGCGCCGACCUCGCCGGCGGCGCCCGGGACAUCAUCGUCUGGAGCGUCAAGGUCCUGCCCUCGGGCGACAUCGUCUCCGCCGACUCCACCGGCCAGGUCUGCAUCUGGGACGGUAAGACCUACACCCAGAUGCAGCGCAUCCAGAGCCAUCGCCAGGACGUCCUCAGCCUCGCCAUCAGCGCCGACGGCUCCGCCAUCCUCAGCGGCGGCAUGGACCGCCGCACCGUCCUCUACAAGAAGACCUCGGGCUCCGGCGCUCGUUGGGGCAAGGUCUGGAGCAGGAAAUACCACGACCACGACGUCAAGGCCAUGGCCUCCUUCGAGAGCCGCAAGAUGAGCGUCGUCGUUUCAGGAGGUCCCGACGCUUCCCCCGUCGUCCUUCCCCUCAAGGAGCUCGGCCGCGAGAACCACAGAACCCUCUCCAGCCUGCCCCAGUCGCCGCCACUCGCCAGCGCUCCGUCCGCAAGGAUGGUUGUCGGCUGGUGGGACCGCGAGAUCCAUAUCUGGAAGCUGCAGAGCGCCUUCGACGGCCUCUACGGCGGCAACGCCGCCGACGUCGACACCAACCUGGAGAAGAACCGCAAGCUCCUCAAGACCAUCCUCGUCAAGGGCGAGUCCAACAUCACCUCGGCCGCCAUCACCCGCGACGGCUCCCUCCUCGUCGCCGCCACCGGCACCGACGUCAAGGCCUUCCACCUGCGCCACCAGAACCCGACCAAGCCCUCGGACGUGAAGCUCGCCCCCGUCGCUGUCCCCAAGCCCCUUGCCGGCGUCGGCGCCAGCAAGAUCGUCCUCUCCCCCGAUGGCGCCUGGCUUGCCGCCAUCCAGGACGGCUCCAGGGUCCUCGUCGCCAACAUCACCCGCGAAGGCGGCAGCGGCAACGGCGACGACGCUCUCGUCAUCCAGAAGCCCCGCGUCAUCAACCGCCUGCGCCGCAACAUCCCCAAGCGCCAGGCCCUCGCCGGCCUCGGCAACUACGAGAGGAGCAUCACCCAGCUCGCCUUCUCCCCGGACGGCCGCAUGCUCGCCUCCGCUGACCUGGCCGGCUACAUCGACACCUGGGUCUUGCAGGACGGCGCCGCCGAGGACACGACUACCGCUGACGCCGCGUCGACCUCCGACAGCGACGAGUCGGGCGACGAGGACAACGUCAACAACACAGCCGCCGCCACGGGAGAGCGCUGGGUCCGUAACCCCCGCGCGUCCCUCAUGCCCAAGCUCCCGGCGCCGCCCGUCGUCCUCUCCUUCUCGGACGAGACCGCCACCGCCCCCGCCGACGGCGCGACGACGACCACAGAGUACACACUCGUCGCCGUCACGACGUCAUGGCACAUCCUCGCCUUCCACCCCGUUGCCGGCUCCCUCACCCCCUGGUCCCGCCGCAACCCCGUCUCGCGGCUGCCCGCCACCAUCCGCGACACCCGCGACCUCGCCAAGGGCCUGCUCUGGCAAGGGCCGCGCGUCUGGAUCUACGGCGUCUCCUUCCUCUUCAUGCUCGACCUCUCCCAGGACCUCGCCGCCCCGAACGGCACCACCGCCGCCGACCCGGAGACCGCCCUCGUCCAGCAGCACCUCCAGCACCAGGCCGGCACGAAGCGCAAGCGCAGAGGCCCCGAGAGCGGCGCCGGCGCGCGCAUGGCCAUCGGCGCCGUCGUCCCGCAGCAGGUCGACCGCUUCGUCGGCUCCAAGGCCUCCAAGGAGUGGCAGGACGACAUCGAGAAGCAGAAGCUUGCUGCUGCCGCCGGUGGCGCCGGCGGUGACGAGGACGCUAUGGACGUCGACGCCUCCGACGAUGACGACGACAAUGACGACGGCAGCGAGAGCGAGGGCGGCGAGCUGGCGGCCCUCCGCAACCGCAACCAGGAGACCCAGACCGAGGAGGGCGCCGAGGGCAAGACGCGGUGGUGGUACACCUACAAGUACCGUCCCAUCCUGGGCAUAGUACCCCUCUCCUCCGGAGAUGCCGCCGCCACCGACAGCAACAACACGACGCCCUCACUCGAGGCCGUCCUCGUCGAGAGGCCCAUCUGGGAGGUGGACCUUCCCGAGCGGUACUUUGUCGGCAACGAAUGGGAGAAAUAGACGGGGCCAUCCUACCUCAACAGGAGACGGCGAAAAGAGGGGGCAGAGUGACGCAUGAUGAUAAGGCUAGAGGGCCCAUUGGAAGCAGAGCUGCUGGCCGGCAGGUGGUCAGGCAGUUCGAGGAGAGGCCCCCCCUUUCUCGUCUCCUGAUACUAUAUUCGGCUAGUUCACGCCACCACCCGAGUUCUUCUCGAUGCCGCCACCCGUUCUCGUUGUCACCAAGAGGGAGAGUAAAAGGAUGAAAGGACCGUGGUGGGAAGCAGAGACACGAAGGAACCAAUGUACAAUUUUUCAUCAUUUCUUUUCGUUUUGCACACGACAACUACGGAUUCCCUAUCCCUGUGCCGGUGAGAGGCUACGAUAGCCGGAAGUGAUCACACGUCGAGCAUUCCCUCAAGGUCAUCGUUGUAUCGGGGAAGGGGAAGCGGAUGAGACGGAGGGGCACUCCCGCUGGGAGGGUGUGGUUGCGUAUGUGUCAGAGAAGGCAGCGGAUAGGGAGAAAAAAGAGCCGGAGAAUCUACUGCACUAGGUUGAUAUACGACAAAGAGGCCACGCGUUGCCCGUGUCUUGGCGAAGAUGUCGUUUUUUUCUGUCAUGUUCAGUACAGGGGCGGCGGCGGUAUAGAAAAAGUUGGAAUUUCAUCAUUUUGUAUCUUUCCGUUCUGUGUGGAGUUUCUCCAUGUGCCGAAUAGACAACCUCGUCCGUCACCUUUCGAGAAGAUGACGGGACGGGGAAGGGUCGAGA